AUGUAUAAGAAAGUAUCUAGUGAACUGGUGCAUGAAAUCCAGCAGAUUACAGUGUUUCAUGCAAGAAAAAAAAAGAUAUUCUAUAAAGAUGUGAUGAAAAAAGUUAUAGAUAAAUUGCAAGCAUGGAAAGGAAAGUUACUAUCAUUUGGUGGAAAAGCAGUACUGAUUAACAGUGUGCUGCAAAGCAAUCCUGUAUAUUUGUUAUCAGCAAUGGUUCCUUCAAAAUGUGUCAUCAAAGAGUUGCAUAAACUAUUUAAUAGAUUCUUCUGGCAAACAAAGGAAGAUGGUAAAUGUAAACAUUGGUCUGAAUGGAACAAAUUGUGUUAUCCGAAUGGGGAAGGUGGUUUAGGAUUCAAAUCUUUGAAUGAUAUUUCAAGAGCUCUUUUCUCAAAGCUUUGGUGGAGGUUAAAAACAAAUAGUGCUUUGAAUGAUCAACCUCAGUUUCAAGCUUACAAGGAUGACAGUGUAGAAGAUCUAGCAGAGAUAAUGGAAGGUGAUCAUUGGGAUAUGGCAAAGGUUCGGCAUUUGUUUUGUGAGGAAAUGGUGCAGCUAAUCAAUAGUAAGCUUGGAAAUCUGAUAGAAUCUCAGGAAAUUGACAAACCUCAUUGGAUGCUUACUAGUUCUGGUAAGUUCUCAGUAAGUAAUGCAUGGGUUCAUAAGGCAAAAAAGGCAGAUUUCCUCUUAUUGUUUAAGAUUUUGGAUCAAAGUCAUCAAGAAGCAAUAGAUCAUUUAUUCUUAAUUGGCCCAUUUGCAAUGAAACAAGCAGUUCCAGCUUUCAUUUUGUGGCAACUUUGGAAGGGUAGAAAUAUAAGGAGACAUGGAGGUACUAUCACUGUGAACCAGGUUAUCUAUGAGAUCAAUAGAGGUAUAUUGGUAUUGGCACAAAGCUUGUUUCCUGACAUGAAGCAGUUUCCAAAAAGAUGGCCUUUCUUUGUGCAAUAUUUAGAGAACUUGAGAAUGACAUUUACUCACAAGAAAGUAACCUGGGUACCACCAGAAAGAGGGAGAUACAAGUGCAAUACAGAUGGUGCCUCAAGGGGUAAUCCAGGCAUAAGUUCAGCAGCUUUCUGCAUUAGAGAUCAAAAUGGAGAUCUAGUUUAUGCAGCAGGAAAAAGACUGGAGGAUACUACAAAUGUAAUAGCUGAAGCAGUUGCAAUUGAAGAUGGAAUACAAUAUUGUGUAGAUCACCAGCUAUUACCUUUGAUAGUAGAAACUGAUUCAUUGACUAUGCAGAAGAUAUUAGAUGGAAUAUGGGAGAUACCUUGCAGUUUCAUAAUUUUCAGGAAGUUCCAUCUACAGGCAGAAGGAUAA